AUGAAGGCACCUGUCUACGUCUACUACGAGCUCACAAACUACUAUCAGAACCACCGCCGCUACGUCAAGUCGCGCAACGACGCCCAGCUCCGUGGCGAGCCGCCAACGUCGUUCUCCAAGCUUGAGGACUGCACGCCGCGGAUCUCGGCAUCGGGCGACGAGAGCGACCCGUCGAACUUCUUCCUCCCUGACGGCGUUGCCUGGGAGUCGGAUCUCAAGACCAAGUUCAAGCAGCCGCCGGCAUCCGCCCCUGGCAAGCGCCUCUACAACCCGGACGGCUCUGAGCUCCAGUUCACCGAUCCGGACUUUGUCGUCUGGAUGCGCACCGCAGGCCUGCCGCACUUUCGCAAGCUCCAUCGCGUCAUCAACUCGGACCUCAACCCGGGCACGUACACCAUGGCCAUCAACUCGCGCUUCCCUGUCAAGCAGUUUGACGGCACAAAGUCCGUCGUCCUCUCCACCACCUCGUGGAUGGGCGGCAAGAACUCGUUCCUCGGUCUUGCCUACAUCAUCGUCGGUUCGCUCUGCAUCCUCCUCGGCGUUGUCUUCCUCGUCGCCAACAUUGUCAAGCCGCGCAACCUCGGCGACCAGCGCUACCUCGUGUGGCAGCAGUAA